AUGCAGCCUACAAUGCAGUUUAUCUUCGUGAUGAGUUUCGUCGUUCUGGUCGGCCACGCUUUAGUCAAGGAGGGUCAAAAGAGAUGUACUGAAGUUAUGGACGAAGGACCAUGCAGAGCAUUGAUAACACGAUAUUUUUAUAAUAUGACAACCGAGAAAUGCGAAACGUUUGAUUAUGGUGGAUGUUAUGGAAACAAAAAUAAUUUCUUCGAUGAGAGCUCCUGCACUUCGACAUGUGAAGGCGUUUCAAAGAUGGAUAUGUGUGAGUUUGCAUCUAAAAAAGAUGAGUGUAGAGAAACGUCCGACCGAUUCUUCUUUGACAAGGAAACCAAGAAAUGUAAAAAGCUCAAAGCAAACAAAUGCCCAAAGAGGCAAAAUUAUUUUUGGAACAAGGAAACCUGCGAGAGUCUUUGCAAAAGAGGGGAGAUGCAAGGCACAAGGGUCACCACGCCGGACCUAGCAUUAUUUCGGAACGUGAAAGGAGCAGAGUGGAUCCACACCUGGAAGGAAGAUCAGGGCAGUGACUCUUUCGUGGUGGCGGUGACGGUCAUAUCCGUCCCGGGGAAAUCGAACGGCAGAAGGAUUAGGAUUACAGAGUGGGACGCCUUCAGAAGAUUUCUAGAGGAGUUUGAGGAAGAGGACAUUGAGAACAUCGAGGAGUGGACGGAAGAGCUGAGGGCCUGCGCCGAGCACGCGACCAAGACCGUGCCUGAGGAGGCAAACGUGCUGACUGCUGACAGUAAGCUCCUGCACAUGUGA